GCAUCAUGUACGUGCCACAGCCAUUGGCUUUUCGGGGUCUGGGAGGAAUGGCAGCGGGGCGUUGGUGGCAGUGCCUGCGCUUGGGAUGGCCUGUGGGGAUUGAGAUGGGUCUUUGGAGAGGAGGGGGGUUGUUUUGUGAUAGUGGAUGCCAAGGGUGUGGCUGCGUGCUGCUUUCUUGGGGCGUGGACUGUCGGCUGAUGUGCAGCAAGGGGGCGACACGUGUGUUAUGUUGUUGGGAACCUUGUGCGUUGCAAAGGGCAGCCACGGCUUGCUGCGGGCCUGGAGCUGAUCCUGUGUACUUGGAUGGCAAACGCUUUGCUCAUCGCGUUUGCUGCUCUCUUGUUUGGUCUCUUGACGCACAGGUCUCACCGUAAGUUUCGCGCGCCCCGCCACGGCCACUUGGGUUUCCUGCCCAAGAAGCGAUGCAAACAUCAUCGCGGCCAGAUCCGCUCUUUCCCCAAGGAGCAGAAGGGUGACAAGCCCCACCUUACUGCCUUCCUCGGCUACAAGGCUGGCAUGACCCACAUUGUCCGUGAUUUGGACCGUACCGGUUCUCUUGCGCACAAGAAGGAGGUUGUCGAGGCCGUGACUGUCGUUGAGACUCCCCCGAUUGUGGUCGUGGGUGUCGUUGGCUACACCUCCACUCCCCGUGGUCUGCGUCAGCUGACCACCGUGUGGGCUACCCACAUGGCUGAGGGCUUCAUCCGCCGCUGCUACAAGCACUUUGCUGCGUCCAAGAAGGCUGCUUUCCGCAAGUACUUCUCCAAGCGCAACACCCCCGAGGGCCAGCAGCAGUUUGAUGAUGACCUUGCCCGCAUGGUCAAGUACUGCAGCGUCAUCCGUGUGAUUGUCCACACCCAGAUGAAGAAGCUCAACCUUGGCCAGAAGAAGGCCCACGUGAUGGAGAUCCAGAUCAACGGUGGCUCCAUCCAGGAGAAGGUUGACUUUGCCAAGUCUCUCCUCGAGAAGGAGGUCCCCAUCAAGGAUGUGUUCUCCCAGAACGAGCACAUUGACAUCAUUGGUGUGACCAAGGGUCACGGUUUUGAGGGUGUCACCCACCGUUGGGGCACCAAGAAGCUUCCCCGCAAGACUCACAAGGGUCUCCGCAAGGUUGCUUGCAUUGGUGCUUGGCAUCCGGCCAACGUCACCUACGCUGUGCCCCGUGCCGGUCAGCGCGGUUACCAUCACCGUACGGAGAUGAACAAGAAGAUCUACCGUAUUGGUGCCGGUUACCACGAGAAGGACGGCAAGCUCGUCACCGCCAACGCCGUCUGCGAGGCUGACCCCACCGAGAAGUCGAUCAACCCCAUGGGCGGCUUCCCUCACUACGGUCUGGUCAAGGAGGAUUUCCUGAUCAUCAAGGGCUGCACCGUCGGCACCAAGAAGCGUGUCCUCACCCUGCGCAAGUCGAUUCUCCCCGACACUUCUCGCCGCGCCCAGGAAGAGGUCACCCUCAAGUUCAUCGACACCUCGUCCAAGUUUGGCCACGGUCGCUUCCAGACCGGCGAGGAGAAGCUCGGCUUCAUGGGCAAGCUCAAGAAGCAGCUCCAGAGCGAGGAAUAAGCACGUUGCGUGCCGCUUGUUCCGGGCUUGCGUGCUCUAUCAUGGCGCCGCGGAGAUGCGCGUGAGACCGCAUACUCCUCGAAUUGAUCACCUCGAUCGACUGGCUCAUCAGUGUCAAGCGUUUUGUUCCUUUCUCUCCUUCUCUUGCGUCUCUCUUCUUGUCAUCUUGGUUUCACCCUCGGUUCUCCUUGCCGUGUGAGGGACCAGCCAUAUUCAUGCCGCCAUUGAGAAAGGUUUGGUGUGGGCUGUGGGACUAAAAAAGUUGUUCGUGCCUGCCGGCUGGCGGGAGCGAAUUUACAUGUCGAACCGU